AUGUCAAAAUUUGCACUGAUCCUGCUAUGGCUGAACUGUGUAUUCCUAUGGACGCUGCUAGAGGUGGAGAUUGACAACAACAAUACUAAAGGUGCUGCGCCCCCCGACGCUCCCCCGCCACCGCCGCCCCCUGAUCUCGGGGACUCCAUGGAUAGCCAGCCCGACUUCAGCUUUAAUCUUGAGCUUAGCAGGAACCAGCAGGAACACUACGGCACCCAGUUCGCCGCCCCAUCUGUUACUAUCGUCGUCGACGAAGUGGUCGGUGAAUGCUGGGAAGAGAACAUCCCGGAGCCGGUGCAGGCGGUGCAGACUGAGCAGACCGCCGAGGACUGCGGGCUGGGUGUGGCGCAAAUCGUCAUCACCGCGGCCACACCCAUGGUGGAGGAGCCCGACCAACCUUUCCCUCCACCAGAACCUGAAACCGAAACUGAAGCCAACGGUGAAGCCGAAGCCAACUCGGAGACGCUGCCCGAACCUGAGCGCGAAGAGAACGAAGACGACGAGUCAUCCCUGUCGGAGCAGACUGCUGUCUGCCUGCGGGACUCGGACGACGGGCCGGCUGACUCAGCCCCGCACCCGCACUCCAGUUCGACGGCCUCCGAGGGCGAGUCCGGCGGCGCAUCCGUGGCGUCAGGUCCGCCCACCGCGCCACAGUCACCGCCUGCGGCCCCGCGCGGUGGCCGCGCUAGCAUCCCUGAUGAACUCGAGCCGGCGCAGCUGGCCAGGCUCACUGACCUCAAGGAAUCCAACGCUUAA